UUUACUAAAAGUAUUUGCUUAUCUGGGUAUUUGGUAACACUGGUUGGCAAUCUUCUCUCUCAAAUGAUAACGCCGGUCGUUGAAGCUCGAGAUACCUUCAUUACAUAUUCAAGUAGCGUUCAUUGGUUAGCCAUUAAUUUAUUAGUCGUUGAUAGCGUAAGUGAACAGUUGUUCCGGCAGUACGUCUAAGAGUUGUCUUGAUAAAUUUCAUCGGGUGCAGCAUCUGAUUGACACCUCAAAGCCCUGAAGUUUCACUUCAACGCAAAUCAGGGCAGCAACUAUCGACAACGACAAUAGCAACAGCAGCAGCAAGAACAACAACAACAACAACACUGAUGCGAAUAUAGCGACGAAGCCUUCAUAAGUUCGAGAUCAAGGACAAGACCUCUUCUGGACGUCCUGCGAACGAGCACUAAAAGCGUUCGGCUCGACUUUCUCUGUCAAUAUAGAUAUCGCAGCUGGCAUUGAGAGACGGAUCAGCAUGGUUCUGGGUCGCCGGAUCCGAUUGAAAGGUGGUAUUCCGCUCAGUAACAAGGUGCUCGUCGCGGUUGACUUCGAUCACACGCUCAUCGAUGACAACUCGGAUACGUACAUUCAGAAGUUGGCCCCAGAUGGCAAAUUUCCUGCCGAGAUGCGGGAAAGAUACGUGCCCGGCUCAUGGACGAUAUUUAUGCGUGUUAUGUUCCGCUACCUGUACGAGAAUGGAGUAAGGCCGGACCUAUUACUUGAGACAAUUGGCGAGAUUCCCUUGCUUACUGGAAUGAGAGAAUGGCUGCAGACACUAAAUGAAUAUGGCUACUUCGAAGUCGCCAUUAUUUCGGACGCUAAUACAGUGUUUAUCGAACACAUCUUGUACCGGCAAGGCGUUCGGCACCUGGUACAUGAAGUGUUUUCUAACUACGCACAGUUUGACGGUAACGGCUGUCUUACGAUUCAGGAGUUUCAUCGAAACGACUGGUGCAAAAUGUGCCCCCAAAAUCUCUGCAAGAGCAAAGUUGUCGCGGACUACAUUGAUCGAAGAAAAAAACAGGGCGUCAAUUUGAAUCGGAUAGUGUACAUUGGGGAUGGAAAUAACGAUUAUUGCCCAGCGGCUAACUGUAAGCGAGGAGAUCUUGUCCUAGCGCGUAAAGGCUUUGCUCUCGACCGACGGAUUUGCAAGCGGCCUAUAAAUGCCAGGAGUGUAACCUGGGAGAAUGGCCUAGACAUUCUUAAAAGCAUCACCCAACACUUCGGCGACCAGUCGGGAGGUGCAACAUCAACGGGAACCGUGUCACCUUCCGAUAAUUGAUGUGGCCGGCUUCAGCCCAAUUUGAGGCAGAUUAUAACGUACAGGCCAUUUUAUCCAGUAUAUUCGCAGGAGGCAUCAAGAUUAAGUUAACGACAAACUGCUGUUGAGCAGAAAUGCAAAAGCACGGUAGCAGGCGUAGCGCUCUAUCGGAGCACUUAAAAAAAAUUAAUAAAAAUAGUACUGAAGUGAUAAAAUUUCGUGAUACCAAGUGUUUUUGUCCCUCAGUCGCACAAGUCGGUAUAAACUCCAAUAAGUUGCACAAGUUUAUACUAAGCUAUACAUGAAACGGGAGAAGAGCAAGCUUUUGUCUCUUACCAGUAUAUGAGUAUUUCCUCAUAUCCUCUUGUGAUGACUAUGUUCAUUACGACAAUGCAGAAGCUGUGCGAGAAAAUAAUGGAAAAGAGUUUCAGAAGUCUAGGAGUAAAUGUAUAAGUCAUAUGCAUUGAAUGUUAAUAGAAUAAACAGAUAUUGAUAUAUUAAUUAUAGCUGCGUUAUGAACGUGAUGGUGAUUGUGACGAAACUAGUAAGGUGUUGAAACAUCGUAGUUAAUUAUAGCCACACUUUUAUGUACCUGUCUCAGAACCACACUGAUCCUGUAAGCCUAUAUCCCCGACUCUUUUACGAGCGCCAUAACACGCGCAGGCUAGAUUUAAUAGGAGAAUGAUGUGCUUCGGGUAACUUAAAAAACGUCAUUUGGAGAUUUCUAAGAGUGGAAGAAGAAAUGCUUGUGAUUGUUGCGUUAGAUAGGCAGAAAAGGUUGGCUCUUUUGAUAGGACAGUGGGGUGACAACGGGUUACGUACACAAACCGUCUUUCCAAUAUAGUCUUCUAAAGAUAAACCUGUCUUGACCAGGUGGAAUAUGAAAAACCCUAGGACGGAAAAAGUUAAAGCAAACGCGAGGUUGGUAAACCUUUUUGGUAGAUAUUUAGUAUAUCUAAAACCCACAUACAUACGCAAAUAGGCGGCUGUGUGACGUGCUUCUCAACUAGCAGCUUUUUCAUUUCAUUCAUUAGAAGCUGAUAGUGGAAGUGUUAAUACUAGUAGUCUUUCGUUCUGACAUUAGCCAAAGCUUACGCA